GGGACCCAAUUCUGAUAAGCUGCUGUAUGCUACAAUGACAACAUUAGUAAACUAGAAAAGCAAAAAGGACUUUCCCUGGCUAAAGCCACACCCCCAGAAUGCUGAAGGAAGAGGGGCUGGUUGUCUGUGCUGAGAACACAUCACACGCCAACUUCUCCGACUUCACACUCGAGUACGGCUGUUAAGAAAGGCAAAGCAUGACUGUGGACUAUGGGAUGUGUGCGCGUCGGCUGCUUCGAAGGUGUGUCAUCUUAUUCCUGGUAUCGGUUCAGUUCAUUCAAAGUAAAGAUGUCACCAUGGUGAUAGGAGAGGUGGGUGGGGCUGUGACCCUCCCCUGUACCUCUGACAUCCAGAGACUCCCAAACCACCUGUAUGUACAGAGACCUGACCCAAACAAGUUCAUUAAUGGCUACCAUAAGACGAGGGACUUACCAUCCCCUCACCCAGAGUAUGCAAACCGUACUCAAGUAGACCACACACAGGGAACAAUGAGGCUGUGGAAUAUACGGCUGUCAGAUGAGGGGCUGUACGAAUGCCACAUCGGAUACCCAACCAUGAACAACCAGAAUAACAUACAGCUCAGUGUGACAGCCAACUACAGCAUCCCCAAUGUAACAGUGGCCUGUGACAACGGCAGCUGCUUGGUGACAUGUUCCUCUGACAACGGUUACCCUCGUAGGGAUGUUGAGUGGAGCCUGAACCCUCCUCUUAACCAGAGCCACUGGGGAGUAGUGAACAGCAGUGGGGGGACAGACCCGGUCUCUAUGCUGUUCUCUGUCUUCAGUUCCAUAUCCAUCAACUGCUCCUCUGAACCCCGGCUGAACCUCAGCUGUGCUGUAGGGGGCGCCCUCUCACAGGAACACACUGUUUGCAGGCAUCCUGAUAUCUCUGUUAUCUCUGUGAUCUCUGCUGUCUCUGUGAUCGCUGCUGUUCUGCUGUGUUUCCUGGUUCUGGUAUCUAGCAGUAAGAAAAAGAAGGCUCAGACAGCCAGAGGUAAUCAAGGAGGAAAGGGACCAGCAAGUUCAGAGGAAAAUGUACAGCUGACCUGAAGGAACCCAGAAACUUGAAUAUUUGGAAGGCAGAAUGUGAAAGGUUCUAUCAUUUGAUAAUUAUAAAUCUGAACUCAUUGGAUACUGCCUUCUAAUGGGACAUGAUAAAGGGGUUGCUGAGGUGACCUAACCAUUGCCUGGACUUGUUGCUGUUGGAAACUAUGUUAGCUUUCCUCUACACGCUGCAGUUCAGGGGUGUUUUCACGGUGUUGAGGAGACUGACAAUUGUAUAAAUAUUUAACUAGUAUGUUCAAAUGACUGAGUUCCACAGAAGAACCAAUGAAAACUAGAAGUGCAA